AUGUUCAUUGGAGGUUCUGGCAAGACCGUCGCCACCGUUACUUUUGAUAUCGUCAACAAGGUCUUCACCAAUGUUUCUCAAACCAUCAAAUUGGGAGAAAGUCCUUCAUGGCUCGUAUUGGACCCGACGAAAAAGAUCUUGAUCAGUACAUCUUCAGUGGGAAAUUUCGAUGGCAAAAACAAGACAGGAGGGAUUUUCUCGGCGCAGGUCAAUUCCAAUGGAGCCCUCACCAAGAUUUCCGCCUCCGAAUCUGCCGAUACACCAGUAGCCAGCGAGUUCAGUAAGGACGGUAAGCUCGUGGUUGUAGCAAGCUAUCGCGAUUAUACUAAAAAUUACUCAUCUAGUAAUGGUGGUGCUAUUACAACUUAUACCAUAGAUUCCUCUGGCGCUCUGUCGCCCAAGCCUAUUCAGACAUUCACUUUUGGGGGUUCAGGUCCUGUAAAGGAACGACAAGGCUCUGCGGCGGCCCACCAAGCUAGAUUCGACCCCACUGGCAAAUUCGUAUUUGUUCCAGACUUGGGUUCAGACAGGAUUCGGAUAUUUUCUGUCUCUGGGACUACUUUGAAGCAGACAAAGGAUUUUGCCGUCCAUGCAGGAUGUGGGCCUCGCCACAUGGAUUUCUUUUCCGGAGGAAAAAACGUUCAAGCUUACGUUAUUUGUGAAUUGUCAAAUGAGCUGUUGGUGCUAGAUUUAACUCUGGAAUCAGAAGCCACGUUUAAAUCAAAGCAAAAAAUCUCAACAUUACCACCUAAAACAAAUGGUACAACAAUGAACGCAGCAGAGGUCGCCAUCACACCUGAUGGAAAGUUUUGUUAUGCUUCUAAUCGACAAAAGGACCCAAAAGGCAAAGAUUCAGAUAACACAAUCGCCGUCUUCUCUCGCGAUGAAUCUGGGAAACUCGAAUCAGCUGGAUUCUUUCCUGCGGGUGGGAAAGGUCCUCGGUAUAUUGGUUUAAGUCCAGAUGGAGAUGCAAGAUUAUUGGUUGUUACGAAUGAAGACAGUAAUUUAGUGACCAUGCAUACAAGGGACAAAAAGACUGGUGCAUUAACUCAAAUUGCCAAAUCAGCACAGGAUAAACCAACGAUUGCAUUGUUCGAUGUUUAA